AUGACAACAAGAAAAGGACCAUUCAGACUUGUCACGGUCAACACGGCACCCGAGCGCGCUCAGCGUCUCAUUGGACGUUUGAUCACCGAGCUCCAAGAUGAUUACGAGAUCAUUCACGUUGACAACUGUCAGAGCAUAGAUGAGGUGAUCCCGAAAGUCACCGAACACAAGCCCGACGUGUUGUUCUCGGCUUCUAUGUGGUCCCCGGAGGAGGCGCAGCAAAUUCACGCAAUGGCAAAGUCAAUUGUGCCCAAUAUCAAGUUGCAUGCUAUCCCGACUGGUCUACAGGUCGAAAGAGGACCAGAUGCGAUUGUUGAGUACCUCGUGGAGAAGGUCCCUGCUCUAUUGGAUAGCUAG